AUGGACGCUACCGGCAUGCAGGGAGACGACGGCGAAGCCUCUGCCUGCGUGGUCGACAAUCGGUACAUGAUUGUCUUCGGCGGUUGGACGGGUUCAAAGCUGCUGUGCUGCACAUGGGAGUACGACCUUGAGAGAGACAGGUGGAGGAAGGUUGCUGUGCAGGGAACCAUCCCGAGCGGUCGAUAUGGGCACUCGCUCACCUACACGCCCUCAAGGCAGGAGAUCCUCCUCCUCGGUGGACUGGACGCCAACAAAGUAGCUUGCCGAGACAGCCUCUUCGUGCUGAGCGUGAAGACUUGGAAGUGGAGCAUCUUCCGACUUGCGGGAAGAGCUGCAAGGGCAGGUCCAAUAGUCUCCGAACGAGGCUUUCACAGCACGAGCAAGACACAGUGGAACAAAGUCAUCAUCUUCGGCGGAGUUCAAAACCAUCGGAUGGACUUGGAGAGUCUUGGCACUCAAUCCCCGUCGUCGGCUUGUCAGCUCUUUCUCCUGGACUUGGACGAUCACUCAUGUGCUGAGCCCCGCACGAGCGGACAGCCUCCUGCUCCAAGGUACUCGCACUCGGCAACGAAGAUCACCCUUGGAACUUACAACCUGCUCAUCGUCGCGGGAGGCAUCGACAGUCGCUCUCAUGCUCUCCUCACCGAGGUCGACCUCUCUGCCCCUACGACCUCCUCAUCCCCUGCUGCAGGUGUGGGUGUUGGAGCUGGGCAACUCCUGGGGUUGGCACAGGAUACGAGGGACCCAACUGCCAGCGUCAUCUAUGGGCCUCAACCCUCUGCCAGCUGGGAUGACCUCGGACAUGUCGUCCUCGAGAUCGGUGAGCUAAUUGUGACUCUCCUCUCCCUCCUCCUCUCCAAUCCCAGGAUCGAUGUCUCCUCCUCCUCCUCCACCACCUCCUCCUCCUACAACAACAACAACAACAACAACAACAACAACAACAACAACAACAACAACAACAACAACAACAACAACAACAACAACAACAACAACAACAACCACCUCUUGCUCAAAGACCUUCAGUUCCCUGCGGUGGCGGAGAUGCUGCAGCUAAAAAGUCCAGGACUUGCUAACCACACAGCCUGCGCCAUGCCACGUUCUUUUCUCUUUGUCUUUCUUUCAUCUUCCCCCUCGUUUUUAUUCAUUCAUGGUGUUGACAGCAAGGAGAGCUCGGUCAUGAGCAUUCAACCUGCUUUCCUCCGCCCCCUCCACACCUCAGAGCACCGCAUCUCAACCACGUUGCACUCCUCCUCGUCGAACAAUGUCCUGAAGGCCCACUCCUCCGCCAUGAAUGCGAGGACAGAAUCGUAUGCGCAGAGUUUCAUGAGGAGAGCGAAACUCGGAGAGGACCUGCAGAAGCACGUUGGAUUCGUUGAGACGAAGGAGUCCAACAAGAUGAAGAGGCUGCAGACGUUAGAAGCGCUAGCGAGAGAUGACUUCCUCUUCGACAAGAACGACCGAGUCCUCCUAGCCAAGAGCCUGCAAGAGGACGGAGAGAGGGAGGUCAAAGAGAAGCCUUCACACCGUUGGAGAAUGAGAGAACCUUCAAACCUCUCUAGCAACUCGCUGAUGCCCAAACUCACCGUCUGCAACGACGAAUGGAUCGCCUGUACGCAAGAGCCGCUGGGCGAGGCUCCGGAGAAGAGGCAGGGACAUUCAGCUUGUGCUGUUGGCAACCAGCACAUUAUCAUCUUUGGCGGUAUGAACGAUCGAAACAGACCGAUGGACGACAUUCACAUCCUUGAUCUUGAUUAUGCCGGAGAUGUUCAGUUCUUCGACGACCUCAGAGGGUCUGUCCUUAUUCCGGAGGAAGAUGAUUCCGAAAUCAGCGACGAAGACUUGACUCCCAUCGAGAAGAAUGACAUCAGCAAUAUUUCCAGGAUCACCUAG